AUGGCAAUGGAAAGAUGUACCUACGACUUCAUUCAGAGCUCAGAGACCACAGGUAUGGCGUCAGGAGGCCACCUGUAUCUCUUUCCUUCUGCACCCUCCGCUCCUUCUCCUCCUACUCGCCAUCCUCCGCCAUCGCGACAGAACUCUUACCGGGCAAUUCCAAGCUUGGCAGCGACGCGAGGUGCCAGCAGCGGUGCCAUAUACAUGUAUUCAUCGCCACUGCAACAGUAUUACCGGCUUCCUCAGGCACACCAACCUUUUUCACUUCAACAACUCCUUCCAGAACCGCAUUAUCGUCAGUUCUAUCGCGAGCGCGUACAAUUCUUCAACCAUUCCUACCUCUCGCCACGCAUGGCACAUAACUACCACCAUCAGCGAUUCUUCGCUCAAGCUCCAACAGUGCAAGCGCACCCCCUCGCAGUCCGCUUGCAAGGGCUGCUUUCCAUGUCCAUUUCCCAAAUCAGCCUCAUUUCAGCAACAGAAAUUCACACACUGAGAGCAUACCGAGACCAGUCGCACGCACUGUACAUGCAAUGGGCUUACACGCAGCCAAACCCAGCCGAGAGGCUCGAUCAAUUAGACGACUGGAGAUAUAAAACAGACGUCGCAUUUCAAAAGUGGCUUGACUGUUUUGAAGCCAAUCACGCACUGCAGCAACGUGAAGUCGAGCAGAGCAAGGCAAGCGCAGACUUCAAGGGCGCGUUGCAUCUGAAAGAUAUGGCCUACGAGAAGUCCUCGACGAGUGAGGUCGACGCGGCGAACCGGCCGAAGAUCGAGAAUUGGAGGAAUCGUGUGACAGAUUCGAAUUUGGUGGAUGAGCCCAGCGACGACGAGGACCUGCAAGAGUACCGGCUGGGGGCUGCGGCGCAAGUUAACAGAGAUCAUGUGAACUACUUAGAGGCGGCGGAAAAUCAUGGAUACGUGAUUCAAUGGGCCGUGAAGCCGGCCAAAAAGAGGGCUCGAACUCCUUCUGAACAGGAGGAGAAUCGAGAGAGAGAGGCAUCCGCGUCUUCGGUGGCUAAGCGCGCCAAGGCCUCUCCACAAGGCGAGAAUAAUGAAAUGCUGGAGGACCCUCUACCAGACCGAACACGCAAACAUUCUCGGCAUUGAGAGGGGCGGAAGGAUGACGGGGUCUUGGAUGGGGUGAAGGGGGCCUCAACUGCUCAGACGUCAGAAACUUUCGACAGAGUCCAGGCUAGGCAGAGUGAGCAUUACGGCGGCGAGACAAGAGCAACAAAGGGUGCUUGCUUGGAUGUGAUGCCAGGUCAGUCGAGCAGUCUCGGCAGCCAAGAGAGGAUAAAGAAAGUCGGGUAUCUACGUCAGAUACUUCUACAGCUCAC